GCAGCCUCUCCUCCUCCUCCCCGCCCGCCGCCGCCCGCGCAAAGCUGUCAAUCCUCCUUCUUCACAAUGGCGAGCAAAAUCACUCCCUUGCUCCUGCGCUCCGGCGUCCGCUGCGCCUCGCGCGUUGCCCGUCCUCAGAUCCGCGCAUUCUCCAUCACAGCCAGCCGGCCCAGCGAUACCCUCCAGGUGCACCGAAACUCACCCGACAACAACCCCGACAUCCCCUUCAAGUUCAACGCCCAGAACGAGAAGCUCAUCGCCGAGAUCCUCAAGCGGUACCCCGCCCAGUACAAAAAGGCCGCCGUCAUGCCCCUGCUGGACCUCGGCCAGCGCCAGCACGGCUUCACCAGCAUCAGCGUCAUGAACGAGGUCGCCCGCCUGCUCGAGAUGCCCCCCAUGCGAGUCUACGAGGUCGCCUCCUUCUACACCAUGUACAACCGCACUCCCGUCGGCAAAUUCUUUGUCCAGGCCUGCACAACGACCCCCUGCCAGCUCGGCGGCUGCGGCUCCGACGUCAUCGUCAAGGCCAUCAAGAACCACCUCGGCAUCAAGCAGGGCGAGACCACAAAGGACGGCCUCUUCACCUUCAUCGAGGUCGAGUGCCUCGGUGCCUGCGUCAACGCCCCCAUGAUCCAGAUCAACGACGACUACUACGAGGACCUUACCCCGGAGACCGUCGUCAAGCUGCUCGAGGACCUCAAGGCCACCGGCACUAGCGCCACCAGCAGCAAGAAGGCCCCCGUCGCGGGACCCCUUUCCUCCAGAGAGUCGUGCGAGAACAGCGCCGGCCUGACGAACCUGACAGCAGAGCCGUGGGGAGCGGAGAAGACGAGGUCGGAUUUGUAAAACUACUAUAUAUUUAUUGAAGGAAAAAGAUAUCAAGGAGGGAGGGUGGUAAGUGGCGGCGGUAGGCAGUAUUUGACGCGGGUUUUCUAAAUGUACAUAACGCCAUGUUGAAUGCCAAGAAGACAAAAAAAAAAAAGUAUAGAACAUUGUGCAAAUAAUGGGCGUGUGUUUGCAAGG